AUGCGCGCAUUCAACUUCCUGGCCUUGCUGCCCGCGGUCCUUGCGAAACCAGUGAUCCACAAGCGUACGACAGCAUGCAACAACUCGCCCGACCUUUGCUCCAAGACCUAUGGCGAGAUUACACAUCUCGGCGCUCACGAUAGUCCAUUCCUGCGCGACUCAAGUACCAGUAACUCGGUCGCUGGUGACCAGUACUACGACACCCCAACACAGCUGUCAGCCGGUGUCCGGCUAGUAACAGCCCAGGUCCACAAGAGCAACUCAGAAUGGCGACUAUGCCAUACCUCCUGCAACAUUCUAGACGCGGGUUUGCUGAGCGACUGGCUGGCAGACAUCAAGAGCUGGCUAGAUGACAACCCCAACGAAGUCGUCACAAUCCUUCUUGUCAACUCUGACAGCGCGACCGCCUCUGAACUUAACACCGAGUUCACGACAGCAAACAUUACAGACUACGCCUAUGAGCCGACCUCCCAAAGCUCCGCCCCAAGCACAUGGCCAACCCUCCAAACAAUGAUCGACGAUGGCAAGCGUCUAGUCACGUUCAUCUCAUCCAUCGACGCGAGCACCUCCUACCCCUACCUGAUGGACGAAUGGACCUACGUCUGGGAGAACCCCUACGAUGUGACCUCCGCCUCCAACUUCAGCUGUCAACCCGACCGACCAUCCACCUACUCAGGCAAUCUCGAUUCCGCACUCUCAUCCAAUCUCCUCCCACUGAUGAACCACUUCCUCUACUCAAACGAUUUGUCAGCCUUCGACAUCGAGUACCCCAACGCCAGCUACGUCGCAACAACCAAUGCGCCCUCUGGUGGAACCGGUAACCUGGGUACUGCGGCUUCGGAUUGCAAGUCUGCCUGGAAGGGCCGCCAGCCGACGUUCAUCAUGGUCGAUUUCUUCAACCGCGGUCCGGCCAUUGACACUGUCGACAGCCUGAACAAUGUUACCAACGCUGUUGGUCGCACAUCUGUUUCGACUUCGGACUCUAGCUCUACCAGUGAUGCCUCUUCUUCAAGUAACGCUUUCAAAGCGCUGGUUGAGUUGGCUCAGUCUGCCAAGUCUGGAACUACGGUCUCUAUGGGCAAUUGGAUUUGGGUUGGUGGGAACUGGGGCAACCUCCUUGGUGGAGGCAUCUCCUUCUAA